UAUUUAUUAGUUCAAUAUUUAGAGUGUCUCUUUUCUCACAAAAUAUUGCAGAUAUAUCUAUUUUACAAAGGAAUAGUUUGGAACUUUUACAAAAAUCAAACAGGAAGGUUUCGGUAAAAAUGGAUUUGGAAACAUUCGAACUGCCGGAGAACAUCCCUUUCGAUGUGUCGAAGGCAGGUCACCCAAUAAAAUGCAUUAAAAAUAUACACGACAUGUCCAAAUGGCAAAUGUCGGAAGCAUACGUUGAUCUGAUAGGUUUUAUAAAUAGUGUUUGCGUCUCAAUACAAGGGUUGAGCAUCACUGAUGAUAUCUAUGUUUCGGACACAAUGAAUAAUCUAAUCGGUUUAUUUGACGUUUUAAACGAAAUGCUUAGCCAUCAUCCACCUAUUGAACAACCUCAACGAUUUGGUAACAAAGCAUUUCGUGAAUGGUACCAUCAAAUGCAUCAAGAUAUAUACAAGCAUAUAGAUAGGAUAAUUCCUAAGAGCAAAUGCGAAUUGAUAAUGGAGCUUGGUCAUUAUUUUACCGAGUCAUUUGGUAAUGCUGUGCGCAUAGACUAUGGCACUGGACAUGAAUUGUCGUUUAUGUUUUUCCUAUGCUCACUGUACAAAGCAGAAAUACUCUUUGAAGCUGACAGUCCUGCAUGCGCUUUGCGUUUGUUUAAUACAUACAUACAGUUUGUGCGAACCUUACAACAAAUAUAUCGAAUGGAGCCUGCUGGUAGCCAGGGUGUUUGGUCGUUGGAUGAUUAUCAAUUUAUACCGUUUAUAUUUGGUAGUGCACAACUUGCAAUUGAUCCACCGUUUGAGCCUGUGAAAUUUCUUGACAAGACAGUUGUUGAAGAAUAUAAAGAACAAUAUAUGUUCCUUGGAUGUAUAGAUUAUAUAAAUCAGGUAAAAACGGGACACUUCGCUGAACACUCGAAUCAACUCUGGAGUAUUUCUGCAGUGGAAACAUGGGCUAAGAUAACACAAGGCUUAAUCAAAAUGUAUCAAAAAGAGAUUUUAUCAAAAUAUCCAAUCAUUCAACAUGUUUUAUUUGGAACUUGCAUGAAGUUCAAGCCUGCUGUUAAUCCCUAUAUUCAUGUGGUGCGUUUCGGAAAGCACGAGGGAGUUUCAACAGUUUCAAUGAAACGAUACGUAGACACCGAAAUCUAUCCAUCGCACGAAGGAAGUGAAGAACAUGAGGGUAUCAAUAGCGAUACAAGUGGAAUUGCAAGUUAUAGUACAAACGCGUGUAGACCAUGUAGGUUACCAAAAAAAAUUCAACAAACAAAACCGACUAUCUCGUUAAUAGACCGACCUGUUUACACACCACGCUUGAAGGAAAUGGAUCCUGCAGCGGACCCAGACACCUGUUUAAAGGAACGACCUAAAAUACAUAUUUUUCCACCUGGCAGCACGAUUAAAUCUGAGUUCGGAAUCCAUCUCCCGGGCCCGGAUGACCAGUCUGGAUCUGGUUCAACCCCGAUACAACCCAUAUAUUCGUCAACGAUAAAUAAAGAAAUGCUUUUAAAUAUGGCAUCUAGUUCAUCUAUAUCAGAAGUUGUUUCUGAUAAUAUAGUUUACACUAAAUUUUGCAACAGCGGUGAUAUCACUAAUGUCGGUACUAAAGGGAGUGUUCGUUUGCAAGAUAUACCCGACAUACAAAAAUCUGAAGAUAAUGACUCUAAACCUGCAAAAGAUGAAACACAGAUAUCAAAAAAAUCUUCGCUUAAAAAUGCUUAAUACUAUAUAUCAUUUUCAUACCGUACAUUUAAAUUGUAUAAAUAUUUAUUUUUAAAAUGUGAAUUGGUAUAUAAACUUCAA